UUUAUACAAAUGUAUUAAAACCAUAUAGCCUAAACAAUUUUUAAAAUAACACAAAACACAGUAAGGUAUGGCCUUGUUAGGCCUUCUUCGAAUAAAACUAGGAAAUACAACUAAUUAGAACCCAACAUAACUUAAACAUGUCAGUCAACAUGGAUUACAGUCCAAACUUAUUAUGCCGCUUGUGUUUAUUGGAUGGCAGUGGUAAUGUGUCAAUAUUUUCCAAUUACAACGACAGCAGAUCUGGGUUCUUGGCUCAUAAAAUUAUGCAAAUAGCUAAUGUACAGAUGUAUGAGGGUGAUGGCUUACCCCCCUUAAUAUGUCGAUCGUGUUUGAGCAAAGUCGAAGCAUUCUUUCAGUUUAAAGUUCAAGUAGAAAAGUCUGAUUUCUACUUGAGACAACAAGUUUGCUCUUUUCAGGGAGAUGUUUUGACAUCUACGACUGUAGACAAAACUUCAGAAAAUGUUAAAAAUGAGCCUCUUUCAGCCAUCAAGAAUGGUGUAUAUCUCUCUGACAGCUCUUGGACUGACGGUGUGCAAAGUUUUCCUGGCCUUCCAAGCUGUGAAACGCUGACUAGUGAACCAGUAUCUGUGGACCCUCCACCAGAAGUUAAUGUUGUUUUAUCUGAAGAACCACAUCCAACCUUUGUCAAUUUGACAGAGGAAACCAGCCAGGAAGAUAAAGCUCUUUUAGAUUUGACUCAACAAGAAGGGAAAUGCCAAAAGGAAUCAAGUAGAAUAUCAGUAAACUACACAGAAAACACAGAAGAGCUUACAGAGAAAGAUGUUCCUGACAAGCCAAAUUACUUGAAUACUGUUUUUCAUGUGAAUAGUUUCUUUAGUAGGACUGAUGGCUUGGCUCUUGGUAAUCAAAAUGAAAAGGACAAUGAGCUUUUUAAUUUGGAUAAAAAAGAGAGUGAAGGUAUAGAAAAUAAUAAUAGUUGUGCAGAAGAAACAAACAUUGAUGAAAACUAUGAAAAUGAAGAAAACAAGGAGGAUGAAGAAAUUGGUGAUGAUUGUGAUAAUGUGGAUUCAUUUAAGUCUGAUGAAACACCUUCAGGGUCAAAAAAUGAGAAAAUUACCUACUGUGAGCAAUGUGACAAACAUUUUGAUAAACCUAUUAGCUUAAAGAAACAUCAGUCAGUGCAUCCUAAAGAGUCAUUCAAUUGUACGUUUUGUAAUAAAUCUUUCAAACAUAGUUGGAAUUUUCAGUCCCACAUAAGAUCACAUACAGGAGAGCGUCCAUUCGUGUGUUCCAUCUGUUCCAAAACUUUUACAGACAAAAGUGCCCUCAACGCUCAUACGAGAAUAGCUCAUUUUACAGAGAAAACUCACAAAUGCACAUUCUGUGGUAAAGCUUUCAAGCUGAAGAAACAGUUAGAUAGACACGAACGAAUACACACGGGACAUCAAUAUCACCGAUGCGAAAUUUGUGGCAAGUUGUUCACUCAGAAAAGUAAUCUCAUGAAACAUUCAGUGCUACACUCAGGAGAAAAACCUUAUGUCUGUCCAGUCUGUGAAAAGCCAUUUGCUCAAAAGGACAAUUUAAACAUUCACAUCAUUCGGCACCACUCGCAGCAGACCCCAGUGAUUUGUGAUGUUUGUGGUAAGGUAUUUAAAAACAAGAUGACCUUAGUGGGUCACAAAAAAAGCAAACAUUCGGAAAACAUUAAGCAGAUUAUUUGUGAAGUUUGUGGAAAGUUCUUCCCAGACAGGAGCUGCCUGAACUCCCAUAAAUGGGUCCACAACUCUGGGGUGCCGGUGCAGUGUGACAUUUGUGGGAAAAGUUACCCUCACGGUAGAGCGCUCAGGGUUCACAAGCGAAUCGUACAUGCAGAAGUAAGAAAAUACUGCUGCGAUGUUUGUGGGAUCGGCUUUAAAACCAGUCAGACGUUGAAGCAUCACAAAGUGGUCCACACGGGGGAGCGUGCCUUUAGUUGUGAAGAAUGUGGACGAUCGUUUGGCCAGAAAACUGCUCUGAAGACACAUCAACGAAUACAUUCUGGCGUGGAGCCGUACUCGUGUCCGCGUUGCGGUGAAUCUUUCAAGUGGAAACAAACUUGUGACAAACAUAUUCUCAAGUGUACCGGUAAGCCUCGUCAAGCGGUCAUAGACUAUCGCAUGAUUACUGAAGAUUAUGAAUCUGUUGCAAGGUUAAACGACCUUACUCCUGAUACAUGAUUGCCAAUCAAAUAUUUAUAUCUCCUAAAAUGUACACAGCUACCUGAAGACGAACUAUUUAUAUAUUGCAGGACAGUAUGAUUUUUCAAGGCUCUUUAAUUUUGAUAAGCAAGUUUAAAGGGGGAGUUCAUGAAAAAAAAUGUGUAUAACGAUAUUUUUACAUAUUUUGGUUUGAGGUUAAAUUCCAAAUAUAAAAUUUAAGACCGUACAAUUUGUAUUAACCUUGGAAAAAAUCAUUUAAGUCAAUAAUGCAUGGAAAUUUUUUCUAUCAUAUAAUUCAUUGGAUCAUUUUGUUUUGAGUAUUUUAGUAAUACAAUCUGACUAAAACUUAGUUGUUUCAUCUACCUAAAGCCUAUUUAAUUCAUAUAGUAUAACCUUUAUGCUAACAUAUAUUGGUCUCUUAUAUUGACUGCCUAUUUAUUUUGGAAGAGCCGGGGCCCAACAGCUGCUUUCAGAUAAAGGCCCAACAGCUGACUCUGUGGAUUCCCAAAAUUUGUAUCUUUUACCCAAGUACAAUAUAGCCCCGCUUCUAGAAGAGAUAGAGGGAUGAUUUUUGGUUUAUUUUGUUCAGCUUGUUCAAUUCUAUGAUCUGUAGGAUAGGCUUGAAGGAAAACCUAACAAAACAUAUUUUUAAUACUAAUUUUGUUGUUAAUUUUCUACAAAAAUCCUAAUUAAAACAUUAAAAAUUGUGUAGAACCAUUAAUUGUUGUAUUCAAACCAAACCCAUCCUACAGAUCACAGAGCAUACUUUAAGAAACACUUAGAAACAAAAAGUUAUAAAUGAUCUUUUAUAGGUUUUAAUCUAGUAAACCCAUGUAAAACGUGAAAAAUCACCCCCUCCACCACAGGGGGUGAAAAAAUUCCAACCCAUUUUUUUGUUUCUAUGGUAAUAUUCAGAAAUAGUUUCAAUAUUUUUGGCUUAUAAUUAAAGAUUUUUAAUUUUUUCAUGAACUCCUCCCUUAAAAGGCUCUUACAACAAUGAAAUGUUUGUGAAGAAUACUGACAAUAUUGUAUACACCAUUAAAAACUAGGAAAUUUAAUUUUUACAUUUCUUGAAUCUCAAAUAAUCUCUUGCACUCUUGAAACAUGAUAUUUUAAAUCAUCUUAGUUUCAAUUUAAUUCUCUGUCCGCGCCUUGACAAUAAUUGUAAUAAGUUGAAUGUCAUGUAUAUACUAAGAGCCUAUCUCUACUCUAUACUAUUUGCAAUUUAUUGUUAACUUUGCCUGAUUAAAGUUAUUAUCUUCUAACAUACAAAUUCUAAUUUAGCUUUAAACGGUAUGACUUGGUUGUUUUUUAAUACAUUAUUUUUAAUUUAUUUUUUCUACUUAAUUUUCAUGUUUUACUUUUUUGAAAGGGAACGGUCCAAACCCUCUUUUAUUAGAUAUGAUUAACUGACGGUUGUCAUAUUUUAAACUUAGAGGACAAAAUUUGACUGAAUGCGUUGUUUUUGACUGGACAAAAUACGGCCUAAAACUAGGCAAUACAACCAAAAUAAGUUGCAUUAGCAUUAGUUAAUAGAAUUUGUUAUGUUAAGUAGUUUUUACAAUAUUGUUAAAAAAACGUAGUGUGGUGUUUAAACUGCUAAUUUCAAAGUUCUAUUCAAUAGCUUUAAACAAUUACAGUCUAGUAUUAUUUUGCAUCACAUUAGUAUAUUAUAGUUUUAUCCAAGAUUCUUUUUUAGAUUCUUUAUUAUAUAAUCAGUAUUAUAUGUGUUAAUUAUUUUUUACCAUGUAUUUUGAUAAUUUUGUCUUUUUCAUGUUACAAAUACAGGGUGAUUCACAAUCAGAUGCAUUGACUUAGGAAGCAAACGAGAGUCUUUGUCUUUUAAUCGUAAGUUUAAAAUGUUUUUAUUUUGUUACUACUAUUAUAUCUGUUACAAUGAACCUAACUGAUAACUCCCGUUAGUUUAUUAGCCUUGAAUGAUAACUUAUUAUAAUUCUAAACGUUUUGAAAUGAGCAGAUCUCAAUGUAAAAAAAAAAAAAAUAUGAAAGAUUUA